GAAGGCCUCCCUGAGGGGAAAGAAGUUUGAAGUCGGGCCGCGGGUAGCUACGUCCUCACAUCCUUUUCCCUGCUCAGACAAAAAGUGGUCAAACUUCCUUAUGUCUUUAUACACAUUCAUCUUGGAGUUGGGUCAUGCUUUGAUAUUUUUGAAUGUCAAAGUAAAGGACGGGUUUUAUUUUUAAGUGUUUUGGUUUUUUUGGUUGGUGGGAUCUGAAUUAACGUUACUGCCUGGUUGAUGAUAUUUCCACCGGGCAGACGUUGCAUCCUGUCCGGAACAAGUUUAGCUGUAACACCGUGGGACUUUGCAACAACAACAACAAAAACUCUUACGGAAGUGCAAUUUGGAAAUAUUUCUCUUUCGUAACCUGCGUUGUACUCUCUGGAGUCUUGCAACUUUUAACCAGAAAUGGUUGGCAGGUUGAACUUGCCAAAUGCAUGUGAAGGAGAUCCACUGGAGAUGAGCUGCAGGGCUGAUAGAGGACUUGACAGCCCGGACUCUGGGCUACCCCCGAGCCCGAGCCCCAGCGCCUGGCUGCUGCCUGUGUGUGCGGAGAAAGCUGGGGGCGUGAGCCCGGUGUCUGAAGACGAGGGAAGAGGCUCCCUGGUUCCUGUUUUACGCACCAGAUCUAUCCAGCAGCUACACCCAUUGUCCUUUGGGGAAGGCAUAGCACUUGAUCCAUUACCACCAAAGGAAAUAAGAUACACCUCAUCCGUGCACUACGACUCAGACCGCCACUUCAUCCAGGGCGUGGCCCUGCAGCCAUGGGGCCAGGGCCUUGAACACUGCAGGCAGACCAUCAUGGCCGUGCCCCACAGCACCUGGCGCCACUACAAGACACAGCUGGAGUUCCAGCCUCGCCAUCGGCCGCAGCUCUUCAAGACCACCACCAUCGUCUACCCUAAGAAAACCAGUGCCAUCUACACCACAGAGCUGAGCUACGACUGCCACCGACUAUCCAGACGUUUCCUCUCCAGUGUGGAGUUGGAGGCGGCUGGCCACAGAAAGCUACCUCAGUGAGGGGGCGGGGGGGCAGGUGGCUAGGGAUAUGCAAGGGUGGUGAUUCCCAUGGCCCUUAUACUGUAGCUCCCCCCAAGGCUGGGGGCCAUUGACCUGCUGUGUUGUCUUUUUACAGUUCUAUAGCCUGUUAUCCUUUUAAGUGCCCUUCCCAAGCUGUGGACAGGAAGCAUCUGUGCUGCGAUGUUACAGAUAUCAGGGAGACUAGACAUGGACAAAGCGGAUGAAAUAUCCAUUCAGUCUAUGUCUUGAUAUGUUUAAAGAUGUUAAAUCAGUUGGAAUGGAUAUGCCAUUAAAUGCUUCACUUUCCAGCUGGUUGGUUUCCAGAGACAUGCUCAUAUUUGAUUUGUUUUUAUUGACUGUAGGAUUGACUCAUAUGGACCGAGACGAGUAGAAUAGUUAUUUGCCCCCAGCAAAGUCACUCUUCUCAUGUCACAUCAAGUUAGUCAAGUAUUCAGCGCGAUUGGUUUAAACUUUGAAUGUCGAGGUCUGCUUCAUUGUUUAUAAUGAUAAAGAUGAGUGCUUUUAGAACUGCUAAUAUAUAAUAUGGUUCAAAGUGACUAGUGUGCAAGGGAGAGGAAAGGCAAUUAAAUGUGGUGCUGGAGUUUGGAUGCAUGCUAAGAAAUCACUUACUUGUCCACACUGUACAAAGGAUGUGGUGAAAAUACUUAACACAUGUUUUGUUUCUUCACAGGGUGUUCUGUGUUUCUGCACAACAUUAGCACAAGCUCUUCCCUAAGCCUUCUCUCUGGCCAGUGUUAUGGCUGCGAUUUAUUUUCUGUUCAUUGUGAUCUGUAAGCUUCAACAAUCUGAUAAAGUAGGUAGUAUAGAUGGAUCAUGAGUGUGGAGUUUACUGAGAAGUGGAGAGAUUUGAUAUCACUCACUGGCUAACUAGUGAAAAUAAGAAGCUGUAUUCCACUGCUAUCACUUUCUUUUGGCUUGACUUGGAUUGAAAUUGUAUUUAUUCUGUUGAAGUUUUUUAAACGUAGUGGUUGAACGAUAUGGAUUUUCAAUGGCCAAUGCCGACAUUUCGAGAGCACCACUGCCAAUGGCAAAGUAAUGUUGACAUCAUAAUGUUUUGGGGUGGUUAUUAUUUUAUUUUUUUUGCAUCUGAUAAAAUACAAAAAUGAAAUGACAACAAUUUAGACAUAAAAUGUAUGUACUUUUACUAUACUGAAAUUUAUUUAACACUUUAAAAAUACAUGGUAAGUAUUUGGGUUAAAAAUAAAACAAAGAAAAGUCACCUAUAAUUCCAUGAACGUUACAGUCUAAUAUACAUAGUUAUUUUAGCCAGUGACAUACUGUCUUAUAUGGAAUUUUUAUUAAAUUAUGACCUAGGGAAGUACAUGGGGCUACUGUAGAUUUCAGAACAUGACUGGAAUUUAAGGGAGAGCGGGGUACUGUAUGUCAGAAGCAACAUCAUUCAACUACAUUAUUCUAUCCAUUGUAAUGUAAUAAAAAAAAAUAUAUAUAUAUAUAUAUAUAUAUAUAUAUAUAUGAUGGUUUUAGAUUAGAUUUGCUUUCAUUUCGGAUGAGAGAAAUGUGUUAACAUUUAGAGAAGACUAUGGUGGGUGCAUGAGUUAUAGUACAGGAGUCGAAACUAACAUUUUCACCACCUUCCCAAAGCUAAUAUACAAUGGUUUUUGGAGCCCUGUAAGGAAGUUUAGCUGUUGGAAGUUAUUCACAUUUUCUAACUAAAAGGCCAGAGCCAAUCUAAUUAUACAGACGAUAAACUUAUACAUUAUUAAGAGUGACCACUAAAAUAAUGAGCUUUGAAAGCUAGGGAUUUUUAAGUCUUAGCGUUUUCCCUCAGGUAACAUUACAUCCAGCAUUUGCAGGUUUCCCGCUGUUUCACAGUACUCACUGAUGUCUGGUUGAAUGGUGAAAUUGACACCAGGGGGAGCGCUAACAUCGGUCCACAGCAUAGACUCCAUAGCAACCACACUGACAGCUUCCUGCAGACUUUUUUGUGUAAUCGGCCUCAUGACCGCAGGCAUCAGUCGGUCACUGUCUCAAAAUGUCUGAUAAUUGGCCCAAUUAAUCAGUUGACAACAACUUUUAGGUUCUGAGAUUUUAUCGCCUGAAUAACGGUUCUCUCUACAGUCAUGGAAAGGGAUAUUUUUGUAAUUACCAUUUGUGCCUUAUUGAUGUAUCUGUUGAUGCUUCCUUUUGAUAUUAGUCACCUAUUCAGUGCCAAUUUGAAAUAAAGUGUUCAUUAGUUCAA